AUGCUCAAUCGUUUAUAUUUCGAGACAAGUUUGGUUGGGUUUCGUGGUUGUUUUCACACUAAAGGUGGUCGUGGUUAUGCGUUUGAGGCUGAGUUACUUGCCAUCAUUACUGCGGUGGCAAUUGCUCAUGAUCGACAAUGGUUCUUUCUUUGGAUUGAAACUGACUCCACUUACGCUGUUAAGCUUGUUGAGUCCCGCUCCCGAGAUGUUCCUUGGAGGUUUCUUGCUUCUUGGAGUCGGACAUUGCGCUUGCUUGAGGACAUGACCAUUAUGGUUUCCCACAUUUAUAGGGAAGGUAAUAGUGCUGCAGACAUUAUGGCUAAUCCGGAGAGGUCGGAAGGUUGGUGGCCCUACGCGGUGGAUGAGAUUAAGCGUGCUGUUACUUUGGAUAUGGCUACUCAUAGUUUUGUGCGGGUUUGUGACUAA